CCCUUGGGCCCCCUCCUCGCUGGUCAUCCCCGGCAAUUUGCCCUAGUUGCUGGAGACGGAAGCCGAGCGGGAGCGCUGGCGGCCGCGGCGGCGCGAGAAUGGGGGACUCCAAAGUGAAAGUGGCCGUGCGGAUCCGGCCCAUGAACCGACGGGAAUUUGACCUGCAUACCAAAUGUGUGGUGGAUGUAGAUGCAAAUAAAGUUAUUCUUUACCCUGCAAAUACUAAUCUUUCCAAAGGAGAUGUCAGGGGCCAGCCAAAGGUAUUUGCUUAUGAUCAUUGCUUCUGGUCUAUGGAUGAAUCUGUCAAAGAAAAGUACGCAGGUCAGGAUGCUGUUUUUCAGUGCCUUGGAGAAAAUAUCCUUCAAAAUGCCUUUGAUGGCUACAAUGCAUGUAUCUUUGCCUAUGGACAAACUGGGUCUGGAAAAUCUUACACAAUGAUGGGUACUGCCGACCAACCUGGAUUAAUCCCAAGACUUUGCAGUGGUCUUUUUGAAAGAAGUCAGAAAGAGGAGAAUGAAGAGCAGAGUUUUAAAGUUGAAGUAUCCUACAUGGAAAUCUAUAAUGAGAAAGUUAGAGAUCUCUUGGAUCCCAAAGGAAGCCGUCAAACCUUGAAAGUCAGAGAACACAAUGUACUGGGUCCUUAUGUGGAUGGGCUUUCUAAACUGGCUGUCACAAGUUACAAGGAUAUUGAAUCCUUGAUGUCAGAAGGCAAUAAGUCCCGAACAGUUGCUGCAACCAACAUGAACGAGGAAAGCAGUCGAUCUCAUGCUGUCUUCAAAAUCAUUCUGACCCAUACUUUGUAUGAUAUGCAAUCUGGGACAUCAGGAGAGAAAGUGGGCAAACUAAGUCUAGUCGACUUAGCAGGCAGUGAAAGAGCCACAAAAACAGGAGCUGCAGGCGACAGGCUGAAAGAAGGAAGCAACAUUAACAAGUCCCUCACCACCCUUGGUCUGGUUAUCUCAGCCCUUGCAGAUCAGGGUGCUGGAAGAAACAAGAACAAAUUUGUUCCAUAUCGUGACUCUGUCCUCACCUGGCUCUUAAAAGAUAGUCUUGGGGGUAACAGCAAGACAGCCAUGGUGGCCACUGUCAGCCCUGCAGCUGAUAACUACGAUGAGACCCUGUCAACUCUGAGGUAUGCCGACAGAGCCAAAAACAUUGUGAACCAUGCAGUAGUGAAUGAAGACCCUAAUGCACGGAUCAUCCGGGAUCUCCGAGAGGAAGUAGAAAAGCUCCGAGAACAGCUAACCAAAGCAGAGGCCAUGAAAUCCCCAGAGCUAAAGGAUCGGCUAGAAGAAUCGGAGAAAUUGAUUCAAGAAAUGACUGUAACCUGGGAAGAGAAAUUAAGAAAAACAGAGGAGAUUGCUCAGGAACGACAGAAACAGCUGGAGAGUCUUGGAAUAUCUCUUCAGUCUUCAGGAAUCAAAGUUGGGGAUAAUAAAUGUUUUCUUGUCAACCUGAAUGCUGAUCCUGCCCUCAAUGAACUGCUGGUUUAUUAUUUAAAGGAACAUACUUUAAUAGGAUCAGCUAAUUCCCAAGAUAUUCAGCUCUGUGGAAUGGGAAUUCUGCCUGAACAUUGCAUUAUAGACAUCACUCCAGAGGGCCAAGUUGUUCUAACUCCUCAGAAAAACACCAGGACAUUUGUAAAUGGUUCUUCUGUUGCAAGUCCUAUACAGUUACAUCAUGGAGACCGAAUCCUAUGGGGAAACAACCACUUUUUCAGACUCAAUUUGCCUAAAAAGAAAAAGAAAAUUGAUAAAGAAGAAGAUGAGGACCAAGACAGUUCUGUGAAGAAUAGCAGCAGUGUGGAGCAGCUGGAUGUAGAUGGAGACACUUCAAGCGAAGUGUCCAGUGAAAUUAACUUCAAUUAUGAAUAUGCACAAAUGGAAGUGACCAUGAAAGCCCUGGGGAACAAUGAUCCAAUGCAGUCCAUCUUGUAUAGCUUGGAGCAGCAGCAUGAAGAAGAGAAGCGGUCAGCAUUGGAACGUCAGAGACUGAUGUAUGAACAUGAGCUCGAGCAGCUAAGAAGGAGGCUUUCUCCUGAGAAACAGCCCUAUCGUAGCAGCAUGGACAAGUUCCCCUUCCAUUCUCCUAGUGCUCAGCAACGCUUAAGACAAUGGGCAGAAGAAAGAGAAGCAACAUUGAACAACAGCUUGAUGAAACUGAGAGAGCAGAUUGUUAAAGCCAAUCUCUUAGUGAGAGAAGCUAGUUUCAUUGCAGAGGAACUGGAUAAAAGAACAGAAUAUAAAGUCACCUUACAGAUUCCAGCCUCCAGCCUUGAUGCUAACAGGAAGCGAGGCUCACUUCUCAGUGAACCUGCAAUCCAAGUGAGAAGGAAAGGCAAAGGCAAACAGAUAUGGUCCUUGGAAAAACUGGACAACAGAUUGUUGGACAUGAGGGACCUUUAUCAAGAGUGGAAGGAAUGUGAUGAAGAUAAUCCAGUAACAAGGUCUUACUUCAAGCGAGCUGAUCCAUUCUAUGAUGAGCAAGAGAACCAUAGUCUUAUUGGUGUGGCCAAUGUUUUCCUUAGCUCUCUUUUUUAUGAUGUGAAGUUACAAUAUGCUGUGCCAAUCAUCAACCAAAAAGGAGAGGUAGCAGGUCGGCUGCAUGUGGAAGUGGUGCAGAUCAGUGGUGCUAUUGGAGAGCGAAUUGCUGGCGGGGAUGACGGUAUGGAGUUUUCAUUUGAUAAGGACACACAAGACCACAAACUAGUGUGCAUGGUUAAAAUACUUCAAGCUACUGGUUUGCCACAACAUCUCUCCAAUUUUGUGUUCUGUAAAUACAGUUUCUGGGAUCAGCAAGAACCAGUUAUUGUUGCACCUGAAGUAGAUACCUCCUCUUCUCCUAUCAGCAAAGAGCCUCAGUGCAUGGUUGUUUUCGAUCACUGCAAUGAGUUUUCUGUCAACAUCUCUGAAGAUUUUAUUGAAUAUCUUUCUGAAGGGGCUUUGGCAAUUGAAGUAUAUGGCCAUAAGAUGACAGACCCUCGAAAAAACCCAGCUCUUUGGGAUUUGGGAAUUAUCCAAGCCAAAACACGGAGUCUUCGGGAUAGGUGGAGUGAAGUCACCAGAAAAGUAGAAUUUUGGGUUCAAAUUUUGGAACAGAAUGAAAAUGGUGAAUACUGUCCAGUGGAAGUGAUUCCUGCAAAGGAUGUGCAGACAGGAGGUAUUUUCCAGCUACGUCAGGGGCAGUCACGACGAAUUCAGGUUGAAGUGAAGUCUGUGCAGGAUUCUGGAACUUUACCACUAAUGGAGGAAUCCAUAAUGUCUGUUGGCGUAGGAUGUGUAAAAAUAAGACCUCUGCGAUCCCCAAAGACUCAUGAGAUUUUCCAUGAGGAAGAAGAUGACAUGGACAGCUAUCAGGACAGGGAUUUGGAGAGACUACGUCGAAAAUGGUUGAACACAUUAACCAAACGUCAAGAAUACUUGGAUCAACAAUUACAAAAGCUUGUCAGUAAGCCUGAUAAAACAGAAGAUGAUGCUGACAGGGAAGCUCAGCUUCUAGAAAUGAGGUUGACUUUAACUGAGGAAAGGAAUGCUGUCAUGGUCCCAUCUGCUGGCAGUGGUAUCCCUGGGGCUCCAGCGGAAUGGACCCCAGUGCUUGGCAUGGAAACUCAUAUUCCUGUUAUCUUUCUUGACUUGAGUGCUGAUGAUUUUAGCUCACAGGAUAAUCUUGAUGACCCAGAACCUGCAGGAUGGGAUGCUACUCUCACUGGUGAAGAAGAGGAAGAGUUUUUUGAACUACAGAUUGUAAAACAUCAUGAAGGAGAGGCAAGAGCAGAAGCCUCCUGGGACUCUGCUGUACAUAACUGUCCACAGCUUAGCAAAGGAGCCACAGCAGAUGAAAGAGUGUUUCUUAUUGUGAGGGUGACUGUCCAGCUCAGCCAUCCUGCUGAAAUGCAGCUGGUGCUCCGCAAACGCAUUUGUGUCAGUGUUCAUGGCCGCCAGGGUUUUGCUCAGAGUCUGCUAAAAAAGAUGUCUCAUCGAAGUUCCAUUCCUGGUUGUGGAGUCACCUUUGAAAUUGUCUCCAAUAUCCCAGAGGAUGCUCAGGGAGCAGAGGAACGAGAAGCAUUAGCAAGAAUGGCAGCUAAUGUUGAAAAUCCAGCCUCAGCAGAUUCAGAGGCCUAUAUUGAAAAAUAUUUGCGAAGUGUUUUGGCUGUUGAAAACCUCCUUACUUUGGAUCGUCUUCGUCAGGAAGUUGCUGUGAAGGAGCAGUUAACUGGAAAAGGAAAGCUGAAUAGGAGGAGUAUUAGCUCUCCAAAUGUGAACCGACUCUCUGGAAGCCGACAAGAUCUUAUUCCAACAUACAGUCUAGGUAGUAACAAGGGUCGGUGGGAAAGUCAACAGGAUAUUUCCCAAUCAGAACAUUCCAGAGGGAUGACUCCAGCUCGUCCAUCUCUUUCUGGUUGUCCCCAGGAUAACCAUUCCCCUGAACCAGGACUUGGUGGCUUAGCAGCCUCCUACUUGAAUCCAGUAAAAUCCUUUGUGCCACAGAUGCCAAAGCUGCUUAAGUCCCUCUUUCCUGUCCGAGAUGAGAAAAAGGGCAGACAGCCAUCUCCUCUUGCGCAUCAGCCCAUUCCCAGAAUUAUGGUACAACCUGUCAGCGUGGAUGUCAACAGGACCAAGACAAAACAGGUUACUCAAGAGGAUGAGGGGAAAGAACUGUCUGAAACUACUCUGCCAUCUCCUGCCGUAGGAAAGUAUUCUGAUAAAGUCAACAAAGUGCCUUCCCAGCAGCUCCAUCCUUCCAAUGUCCAGACCCAGGACACCCCAGAGGGUCCCCCCAGCCCCCUGAGUGAAGCCUCUAGUGGUUACUUCUCUCAUAGCGUCUCAACAGCGACACUCUCUGAGGCCCUUGGAAGUGGCAUGGACACCGGUGCUCACGCCAGCAGUCAGACCCCAAGCGGUCCCUCGAACCCCCUCUGCCAAGGAACACCCGAAGGGGAGGGCCCAUCAUCCCCCGUUACUUCAUCCUUGGAGAGUCCUCUUUUGUCUCAGAAAGAGCGUUUGGCUAAUGCAGCAGAAGCACAGACCCAGCCAAUGGAGAACGCCCCAGACGGCAGCUGUGGGGCCUUAGAGCCCAAGGGCUCAGCCCCUCCUCUCAGUCAGAAUGAGUCCCCGGAGGCUGCCUCUCUGGCCAUGGACACCAAGAGCUCUCUUUGCACCCCCACCCAGCAGCAGGAAGCACCCGGCCGGCUGCUGGCAGCAGAGUCUGGGUCUGUGGCCAAGACGCCUGCUCGGGCCAAGGACCAGCCCAAACCAGGCCCUAGCCUCGAGGGCACCAGACCCCCACCGCCCCCCAACUUACUCUCUCCAUCUUCUGCUGUGGCUUCCCCAUUUAAAAUCCAGAAGGUGAGAACAUCAGAGCUAAAGUCGUUCACACAGAUGCUGGGGGACUGUACCUCCGGGACCAGUGAAGACCAGGGGACCUCGGAAGGUCCCCACAACUCAGGAGGGACUGCCAGGGAGAAGGCAGAGGCGGCCUCUGACUCAGAAGAUGCUGACGAAGUCCCAGAAUGGUUAAAAGAGGGAGAGUAUGUCACUGUGGGCACUAAUAAAACUGGAAUUGUCCGGUAUGUUGGACCAACAGACUUUCAGGAGGGCACCUGGAUUGGAGUGGAGUUGGAUCUCCCUUCAGGUAAGAACGAUGGCUCCAUUGGGGGAAAGCAGUAUUUCAAAUGCAAUCCUGGCUACGGUCUCCUGGUGAAGCCUGGCCGGAUCAAGAAAGCGCAGGGCCCAGCCCGGAGACGCAGCGCCGGCCUGCGGCUUCAGGGUGUGACCUCCGAGCACCGCAAGAGUGGCAGCUUGUCAGGCUCGGCCUCCAACUUGGCUUCACUGACGGCCCUGGCCAAGGCCGAAGGGGGUUCUGCACUGCGCCCCGACAAGAACCAGAAGGCCACGGAAAACCGCAAGUCCUGGGCCAGUUAAACCAGCUCUGGCCAGCGGGGCCUGGGAGCGGCUCCUUUCCUUGGCCCACGCUAACGAGGAUUCUGGGAAAGCUUUUCACUCUCCCCCUUUCCAAGCCCUCUUUGAUCGCCCUCAUGGUCCUUCCUAGCUGUAAAGCUGCUGCGCGGUUAAAUGCCUGUCUGGGAGUCUGUAACAUCCCAGCCUUGGGGGCUGGAGCUACCUGUGAGGGCCAGGCCAGGAGCCUCAGAAGCAGGCCCGGGGCCUUCUCUGGCCUCCCUGGGACACGGGGCUUUUUGAUUUAUCCCCGGAUUUUUACUGGCCUCAGACGCUCUUUCCUGGAUCCAGCCAAAAGCUGGGAGGAGGGAAGAAGCCUUUCCUUCUAAGCAGCAGGGGGAGGCUCUGGGAGGCGACCUCCCCCUGGGCCUUUGCGUUAUGCUUUAUUUCUAAUUUCCUGAUGAUUCCACUAACCUCCUCUUUUCAAGUAUAAUUAAAACCGAGGCCUCCUUUCCCUGCCCCAAAGUAUGCCUUUUUCAUGCCAGCCUGAGAUCUCAAGGCUCCUGUUCGGUUUUCAUUCGGUCAUUGAGGCCUUUCUGGGACCAUUCCUUCCUUUCCCCACACCUGAAAAAAGGCUCAUUUGAGUGGGGGAUUUUUGUUUUCUUAAGCAGCCUCAAACUACAGGGCCUCACCUCCCCACCCUUUUCUCCCUUCCUUUCUUUUACAGGGUAUAUGCUAGAAAGAACAUCCUUGCCUUAAACUUGGAAGACUGUUUUAUUUCCCACUGGUGCCCUUAACAGAGUGUUUGGAUAGUAUUUAUUUGUAUUUAUUGUUUUUUAAUCCUAAAUAAUGUGCGAGCUACAAUCUUUCACUGCCUUCCAUAGACCUGGGUGCCUUUGCCUGAACACAGAGCCUGCUUGGGACCUCCAGGAGGUUCUCACAGCCGUGUCCAGAAGGGGCUGGCUGCUGGCCACAAUCUGACCGGAGUGGGUGGGGAGGGGAGGGUACUUUCGGCUAUCCUUACUUCUAUUUUCAGAUACACAAGUGGCCUUACCUAAAUGAAACGGACGCAAAAAUGAUUUCACAAAAUUCUGUAACUUCCAUGUUUUUGAUAGAGUCAUCAGGGAUGUGGGGAGAGAAGAGGGUAGGCUUUCUACUCCUGUUUUGUUAGUUUGUUUCUGGGACAGUCCAGAAGCUAGUGACUGAUACAAGCCCCAGACAUUGCAGGUGGGGGUGGGGGUGGGGUGCAGGGUUCCCUUUCGUUUCUAUCUGUAUGCACAUUUUUAGUAGGAAUCCUUAACUGGUGCUAAAUUUUGGGGAGGCUGUGGUCUUAUAUGGGGAAAGAGCCUUUAUUGAAAGUUAGCAUUUCUUCCAAGUCAUGAAUGUGGGCAACAGCAUCCUGAGGGCUUCACCUGACCCCUGGGACCCAGGCCACAGGCCACGCUGUCUCUCUCUCUUAAGUCUGCUGUAAGACCUUUGGGUCUGGGUCCCAGAGGCUGGAGACCUGGAGGAAUUCUGGGUACCAUCCUGGACUACUAAGAAUCUCUUUUCCUUAAAGACUCCUUCCCUGGUUAGCAUCAUCUUUUCCAUCCCUUAGCGAAGUGACCAGGAGCAGAGCAGCCCUCAGAGGAAGCUGGCAGUGAAAGGAAGGAGGGAAGGACAUUCUAGAGAGGAGGGAACUGGGGGCUUUUAUGUUAGAACUUCUGCCCAUAAAUGGGGUCAACAAGACAAGUUAAGCAGCUAGAGGAAAAGGAACAUGUUUUGGAUGCCUAGGAACUUCACAAGAUUCUAGGACACCCGAAGUGUAGCAUCUAAGUGGUUCUCUAACCUUUGCAGCUUCCCCAGAACCCAGCAUCGGACUGGAUGUUAAGUUCAUGCUUAAUAAAUGUCUGACAAGUUGAAUUAAAUAGCUGAUUCUAAAAUAGCAGGCCUUACAUUAUCUGCCCUUCCCCCUCUCCCCCACGAGCCUUGAAUGUGAGUGCUUAGGAAACAUUUAUUUAAUUUUGUUUGCACAUUGUUCCCUUGUGAUCAUGUGACUGAUCCUUAUGUUUGUAAGCCUCUGGGAAGCAUCUCAUUGGGAAAAGUCUUGGACUCCUAGGGAAUUCGAAGUUACCCCUGAACAGCAACAGUAAAAGUUGUCAGCAUCCCCGCAGGGCCAUUGGGGUGGUCUUAGUGGAUUCUGCAGGGAAAUCACGGGGGCCAAUGGAUAUGAAUCCACAGGGACCAUGGCCUUGGCAAUAGCUCUGGGGGCAUGUGGGACAAGUAGAGUCAAGACCUGGUUUUGAAUCCUGGCUCUGAGGACCCCUGCCAGCUGGCCUCGGGGGCGAUCCCUCUUAGGGCUUCCUCAUGUGUUUUUUGUGAAAUGGGAGCAUUGUGCUGGAUGAUCUCUACUGCCCAAUCCAUGACACUGGGGGUAGGGAGAGGUUCCCUUUCUUUGUCUCAAGCUCAUUGUCCGUAAAUUAAUGGGGUUGGGCGAGGGUAUCCUGAAGCCCCCUCCAGCUGCAGAUGCUAUGAUCUUUGCAAUGAAUGCCUCAUAGGACAAAGGGGAAGGAUGUUCUGCAAUGGAAUCUGGGGGAGUUGCCCCUCCUGGGACUUAGUUUUCAGGGGAGAGGGGAGAAAUUAUCAGGGGCACUCACAAUCCAGACAUUCGAUUGUUAAAUAGCUGGGUGAUGCCCUGUGAAGAAGCUUAAGAUUAAUUAACUCCCAUUAAUUAAAAUCCUAGUAAUUGCUUGCCACGCUGCCUUAAAUUAAACUUCUUUAAUAAUCAGCUGUUUUCCAAGUGAUUUGCCUUUUUCUACUCGUAAUCCCCCUUGUUAGGUACAGUUGGGCUGAGGAGGGUGUAAACAUUUGUAACAAAACGGUUUUAAACAUAAAAUUUUGGGCCAAAGUUGUCCACAUUACCCCUGGCUUUGUGGGCUCUCCCCCAAUAGGAACCCUGUUGUCCCCUGUGGCAGACAAGGUGGUGCAUGCCCAUCCUGAGUGCCCCUGGCCACCUUGGAUGCCAGGUUGUGCCCGCUUGGGUCUAGGAAGAACACAGACACCAACAGGCUGCCAGAGGCUUCUGAGCUCCAUUUGGGCAUCAUCCGGGGGUGAACAAAGGGUGCUCUGGGGUGUCCAACCUGAAGGGGACUGUAGAGAUGGGACCCUGCUUUCUCAUUUUACACCUGGGGAAACUGAGACCUGGAAAGGGCAGGCAAGCCUGUGUCAGGAGCAAGACUAGAACCCAAGCUUUCAGCCGCUUUUCCUGAUCAGCUCUCCUUACCUCCCUCAGGCCGGGGCCUCCCAGACACUUCACAGGGGACCCCUGCAAAGUUGCUAUCUGCCUUUAAAAGAGGCUGGUGGCGUUCUGGGGAGGGUGCAGGCAGAGGAGGGUCUCUACUGGUGCUGCCCACCCACCCACCCGGGGCUGUUUUCUUUCUCUUAGGCAUUAUCACUCUUGGAGACUAGCUUCUCUGUGCACCUGAGCAGGAGCUGAGGCCAUUCCCCUUCCCUGUGAGCCCAGCUUCCCCAGGCCUGAGGUCACUUGGGAAGUUGGUGCUCGGUCUCUCUUAGGUUUGAGAUGUGCUUGUUGGCUGUGUUAUAGCAAGGCUCUCAUUUUUAUUCUUGUCGCCAACUCAGAGUUUGGGGGGCCCCUGCCGGAUGUGUGUCAGUGGAUAUGGUGCUGUCAUUUCUGUGUCUGAUUUUCUGCUUAACCUUCCCAAAAAGUCAUUUUAAAAAUGUCUUUUUUGGGUCAAGAAUCUCGUCUUCUUUAUUCCUAUCAAUAAAAUUGACAGCACUUUUAAGUCCCUGCAGAAAGAUAGUUCUCCAUCGGAGUUGGGGAGCCCCAAGCCCACUCGGGCUGACGACUCUCAUACUCUAGGGCAGUGUUUACACCUGUUACUUUUGUUUUUGUUUGAUCGUCAUGUCUCGUCUCUGGCAGAAGCGGCCCUGAAGGACUAACCCAAGUCUUUGUGGUGGAAUUAUGGGUCUGAGCAGGUGUGUGGAGACACUUGGGCAGCAGCAAGUCCCGCCGAGACUUCUCCCCCACCUCCCCUCCUGCCCUUUGGCUUCAGAGUUGGUGUCAUUGACCCUUAGCAGGGUUAGGGAGCAGAGGGAAAGGUUUCUUUACUUUUGUGACAGCUCCAGCUUCUGUUUUUUCCCUUUUAAGUCUUGUUUCUGUGGUCUUCACUCUUAAUUGAGAAAUCCAUUAUUACCCUCUGGCCUUAAAUAUCCCCUUCCAUGUUUCUGGAAGACUUUCCAAGAUGCUCGGACUCUGCUGCCUCGAUAUUCAAACUUGUGCUUCCUGACUUUUGAUCCUAUGAACAGACUGCUCACCUGAACACAGGUUCAGACUAGUUAAUAUUCACUUAGGUUCUUGCUUUGUGGGUGGGAUUUUCAUGCACUUUACAUGGGAAUAGACCUCUCCUUCCUAGAAUUUCUGCAGGCAGUGCCCACGAUCUUGGUGUAAGGUGGAGUUUUCCAUCCUUGGCCAGAAUCCCAAGGACAAUUGCACAUUGCUUAGGAUAAAGCAUAUUUGUGUGAUGGGGCUGCUUUAUACUGACAGUCUCUCAGGAUGCAUCUUGGAAGUAAUUCUGUAAACUCCUGAUUUGCUAAUAUCAUCCCAGCAGUGAAGGUUAAAGUGGCAUUUCAUAUUCUACAAGGGAAUUGGAACGGGUGAGUCUGAGCUCUUUCUAGGAGAGAGUGGUUACAGCCACGCUGGUGGGUGUCCAUCUUGUACAGGCUUGGUCUUUUCAGUAAUCAGUGCCAUGUGAGCCAGAUGGACUCUGGAGACCUCAGCUUGCAGCAGUGUUGGGUUAUCCAGCCCCAGAUGCACCUCCCAGAGUGUGACUUCCCUACUGGCAGCCUAUUGAAUUCCUGAUAGAAUCCUUAAGUCCCAACACUUUGGCCCCCAGAGUUCUUGGGCUAACCCCAUGCUUUCAGAGUGCCUUCUCCCUGAAACUGUCUCCUUAGUCAAGGGAGAGAAAUUCCAAAUGAGCCCCAAGCACCUUUUAAGUGAUUUUUCCUUGAGGAAAGCAGCUUUAAAAAUAAGACACUACUUCAGUCCAUUUCAUCGGAUUCUAAAAAAAUUAUUUUUAAUGUUAAAUUUUUUUGUUUUGUUUUUUGUUUUACUCAAAAACAUCACAAACUCUAAUUGUGUCUGGGAGUGUCGCAAAGUUUUAUUGGGAGAAUGGGGCAGAGUACUUGGGAAUGGUCUGGAGCUCCUCUUUUUAGGGAAAAAGGUCUGUGGGAAUGAGCUCUGUGAGUGUGUGUACACGCACUCAUGGUUUUAGGCCAUGGGGUGUGGCCCCCUCUUUUUUUUUUUAAACAUUUCUUUUUUUUUUUUUAAUAGCCUUUUAUUUACAGGAUAUAUACAAGAAAUGUAAGGUUGGAAAUGUUCAAGGCCUUUCCCUCUGGUUUUUGCUGUUUUGGAUUGAGUUUACUUUUAACAGGCAAGGAAGGGGUAGGACAGAUGGCUUGGGACCUCUCAGAGAAGGAAAUGGGAAGGGAAUGUUUACAGCUAUAGAUCAUGAGGGAG